AUGUAUAACUCACUUCUUGAGGUCAUUGAUAAUCCUAGCCAAUAUGAUGUUUGUCCGGAUGUUCUUAAUGCUGAGCUGCUAGCGGAUGAGACUGGAACUGCGUAUCCAUGCCACGUUCGAUUGGUUCCUAAUUUUUUUUUACCAACAAGAAAUUGGAAUUGGUCAGAUCUCUCUAUAAAACAGGUGGAACCUUCAACCUCAAUUCCCCAAAACCUCGAGAACGAUGAGCUUAAGAAUUGGGAUACCGAAUUCGUUAAAGUCGAUCAGCCUACUCUCUUCGAUCUUAUUCUGGCUGCUAACUAUCUGAACAUCAGUGGACUUCUUGACCUUACGUGCCAGGCCGUGGCUGAUCAGAUGAAAGGCAAAACUCCAGACGAGAUGCGUGCUCACUUCAACAUCAAGAACGAUUACACACCGGAGGAAGAAGAGGAGGUUCGCAAUGAGAACAAGUGGGCGUUCGAGUGAUUGGAUUGGGACUUCCGGUGUUCCUCCUCUAGGACAACUUAGUCUUUAGUCUUUCUUCUUUCUUAGAUUUGGAUUUGUCUUUUUUUUUUUUUUU